AUCUAUACCACACGAAAAAAGGAAACAACAACGAAACCAGAGUCGGCUUGAUUUGUGACGCCAACAUUUUAACGAAAAGUUUGAUUAAUUUAGGUUAGACAUAAGUUCAAAUUCACAAACACCGAUGGGGAGCAAAAAACAUAAAAAGCACAAAUCCGACCGCUGGGGAAGGUAUGAAAGUGCCCAAGGAGGUCAGGGUACUGAUCGUCCGCAGUUGCGAUUAAUCCUGAAAGUUGGAGGUGCGUCCACCCCAGAUCCAGUGGACCAUGGUGAAAGCUCUUCAGGAAUAUCUCAUCGUCAGGGAACUGUUCAUGCUCCAUAUGGACAUGAAGAAGAUUCUAGACAGUCUUCUCUCUUUUCUCUUCCUGGUGGAAGUGAGAAAGAAAAGCACAAAAAAAAAAAGGAAAAAAAGAAAAAGAAAAAUAAAGAUAAAGACAAGGAGAAGAAAAAGCAUAAACACAAGGAUAAAAAACGUAAAGACAAGGAUGAAUCUGCUGCCGAGGGGGAUGAAUCCUUAAGAUAUGAAGUCAUAACUGUUCAGCCUUCCAAUCCUACUCUAGGUGGACCACUCUCUCCUAGGCCCAUACUGAAGAUUUCCACCGCCUCCUUAGAUUCAGCAACUGGAUCAAACCUGUCGGCCUCAUUAGCAGCACGAGUGCAACAUUCUAGUCCCGGUGCAGCGCCCCUUCGAACCAGCCUUCGACCACGUCAAGAAAAACCGGCACUGCAGAAACUUCUUGAACUUCUACUGCCAAACCUCGAACAAAAAGACCCCAGGCAAUUUUUUGCCUGGCCAGUUACUGACAGUAUUGCACCCAACUAUUCUUCUAUCAUCACCAAACCAAUGGAUUUUAGUACUAUGAAACAAAAAAUAGAAGAUAACCAAUACAAGACGCUACAGGAGUUUACGGACGACUUUGUGUUGAUGUGCAACAAUGCAAUGACCUAUAAUCAGCCCGAUACCGUGUAUUAUAAGGCUGCCAAAAGACUACUCCACACGGGAUUACGAACUCUAACAGCUGAAAAAGUGCGCCCUUACGUACCCACUAUAUCUAACUAUGGAGAAUUAACAGUGACUCAUCUGGGCUUCGAACCGCUAGAAGAAUCAUUCCGAGCCUUUGCCAUACGACAAGAGCAAUCGGCGGAAGGAGUAGAAUCAGUCGAUCACGAAAUGGAAACCGGGUUUUCUUCCGGGGGCGAGACGGCUGUGGAAACAGCCCGAGAUAGCUUCCUUAAGAGCGAAUCGCCGAGUAAAAACCAUUUUGAUGCUUUGCCUGAUGACAUGACUCCAGAUGAAAUUUUAGAACAGGCCAAUGAAGCAGCACAAAUUGCUGCCAACAAACUUAACUAUCAACAUCCAAACGCGAAAAUGGGUUUUUUGCGGCAAAGAAAAGAUGGCACUACGUCGCUAGCCAUCCUAACCCCUUGCCACCCAGGGACUCAGCCUGGGACUACCGAAGUUCCUGUGACUCUUGGUGCAUUAACUGGCAAAGUCCAACCAGGACCUGGUACAGGCCAAUUAAUGGGCUUCAGAGAAGAUCGGCGAAACCAAGUAAAAACUGUAAAACCUUUGUAUUAUGGUCCUUUCGGUUCGUAUGCCCCAUCGUACGAUUCGACCUUUGCUAAUCUCUCCAAAGAAGAAUCGGAUCUCGUUCUCUCGACUUACGGUGAAGAAACGGGUGUACCUUAUGCGGAAAGUAUUUUGGAUUUUGUGCGCGAUUGUGAUUACGCGCUACACAUCGCCGACGACUUACUCAACUUGAUGACACACGGCGAACACUCUGCCGUUGCAAGAAUCUUGGAAGAGAAAAGGCGAAUUCAUCAACAACAAGUUCUUCAACAGUUGGAACAAGAACAACUUCAGCAACAACAACAGCAGCUUCUUCAAUGUCAGCAGGCAAAUGAUGAUGCAUUCAAUCUAAAUGCACUUCGGUCUUUGGGAGACCUUGGAAUCGACGUUUCUUUCCUGGAUUCAUUCGAAGCGCAGCUUAAAGCCGAACAGCGGGCACGAGAAGCUAGCCAAAACUGUUUGGAUGAAACGGGAUCUUUUAUAAGCACACUUGAGCGAACACAGCGCGAGAGACUUUCGAAAACUCCACCACCACAUCUUUCCAAUAUUAUGCCGCCAUCGGAGUUUGAGCUUCAAUUAGUGGGGAAAAUAACGGAAGGCAUCGCCUACGUGGCUAAGCAGUCGACACCCUCGGCAGUAGCCUCUGUAGAAGGUGUACGCAGAGCUAUGGGCAUAUCUCUGGAUCCGUUUCCAAUGGCGUUACCAAAUACAGUACCGCGCCCACCAGUGACUACGGAGCCCGAUCAACGAGAUAUUGAGAGUGAGCUAAGUAAACUACUUGGCGAAGAUGGUGUUUCAGAGAGCAUGCCAGACAUAUUUCAAUGAAUUUGUUCAUCUCACUAAAUUGAUCAUGCCAUGUCCUUCACUUUUUCGCCCCUUCCGUUUCCCUGACGACAAACAACCGCUUCGGUAUUGAUCGUAAAUAUUAAAAUACAUUCUUUAUUCUGAAA